AUGGAUGUAAUAGAGAGGAUGAUAUCCAUGGGAGUGGUUUUGAGCGCAAACGUGAAGAAUAUGAAACAGCGUGAGACCGCCCGGUACAAGAGUUUUCUCGAGUCGGAGCUGAAGGCCCUGAAUGAGAAGAGUGCCGAGAAUGGGGAGGAUGCCCCGCCUGAGAAGGAUAGUACCGUUGGGGAUGGGGAGGAUGCCCCGCCUGAGAAGGACAAUACGGCCGGUGGACGGGAAGUCAGGGUGGAGUAA